CCACCUUCUUUAGGGUGUUGCCCACUCCAGCACGGGCCUCCUGGUCUUCUGCCUCACUUCCCCCUUUGGACAUGAGGGUGAAGCCCCUUGGGGAAGAAGGUGGUGGCUCCUCAUUUGACUGGGACCACCCAACUGGGCAUUUGCUACCUCAUCUGGGCAUGAACUGACUGCAUCAGCUUUGGUUUCUGAUGGGUGGAAGAUUAACUUGGUUUCUCCAUUCUCCCACUUAUGGUUCACAGCCUGGGACAGCUGAGUGACUGCGAAACACCACCCCACCAAGACUGGACAUGAAUGAGGACUUAGAGGGCACAGAGCAGGGAUUCGGGAUCCUAGAGAGAUCUUCCAAUGGCCAUGUCCUUCCUCUCUGGCUCUCUCCUCCCUCCAUAGGAGCACAGCAGUCGCACGAAUAAGGAUUUUCAAACAUUAAAACCGGAAAGAGCAACGUCAUCCCCUCUACACUAUUGCAGAGGCUCUGGAGGUAAAAGGUAUGUUCCAGGUUAAAGAUGGAUAGACAGCAGAGCCAGACUGAAAUUCACUCUUGAUUUAGAUUCUAGAGUUCUCUUCUUUGGUGUGUUUUGAUAAAUGAAACCACAAAGUCUGCAUCUUUUGAAUCUUUGGAUCUACUGCUAUUCUCUGAACUUGGAAACAGAUUCAACUGACCUUUGUCCUUAGGACAGAGACCUGGUCCAUGGUCACAAUCCAGGUUUUCAAAGGCAGAGCUAACCUGAGCCCUUGCACUCUGAAGUGGACACCCUUAUCUGCUGCUGUAGACCUGUCAGGGUCCAGGGGACCCUGACCCACCCAGGCUCACCAUGGCAGCAGAGAUAGACCAGAACAUGGAGGUGUGGAAGCAAGUGUUCCAGGAGCUAAUUCAGGAGGUGAAGCCAAGGCACAAAUGGACCAUCACAUCAGACAAGAGCCUUCUUCCCAAUGUCCUGGAUCCAGGCUGGAUGCAAUACCAGCAGUGGACCUUUGCCAGGUUCCAGUGUUCCUCCUGCUCUCGCAGUUGGGCCUCUGCCCAGGUCCCCGUCCUUUUCCAUAUGCACCGGCAUGAGAAGAAGCGCAGGGGCCAGGUGAAGAUGAGGGUGUUUGCCCAGAGAUGUAAGAAAUGCCCCCAGCCUCUGUUUGAGGUUCCUGAGUUCACACAGGAAAAUAUCACAAGGAUCCUGAACAACCUGGUGUUCCGAAUCCUGAAGAAAUGCUACAGAGAGGGAUUCACGCUGACAGAGGAGAUUCCUGCAAUCAAGGAGACGGGUCUUAAAGGACCACAUGACAGUUACAACUGUGAGGCAUGUCUGCAGGGCCUUUGUGCUCUGAGAGGGCUAAACCCAGCCACUCAGUCACAAGUGUCCCCAUCAUCACCCAUUCCUUCUAAGGAUACUGGGGAGCCCAUUAUCACUGAUACUUGUAUCCACCUCCCCUGCUCACAACCAUCCUCUAAAAAGGACAAGCUGCUUGAGUCAACAGUGAACCCAAAAGUUCCUAAGCUCCCCAAGGCUGCCCCUAAGGUCAACCAUACUUCAAAAUCAUCAACUGCUCCAACAUUUACAACCCAACAAAUACCAUGCACAUUAACAGUGAACCCCGAAGUCCCUAGCCCCCCUAAGGCUGACCCCAAAGUCAGCCACACAUCCAAAUCAUCAACUGCUCCCACAUUUUCCACCCAACGGAUACCAUCUUUGUUAAUAGUGAACUCCCAAAUCCUUAACUCCAAGCCUGACCUCAAGGUCAGCCACACCCAAAAACCAUCAACUGCUCCCACAUUUCCCACCCAACAGAAACCAGCUUUGUCAAUAAUGAACCCUAAAGACCCUAACCUCCCCAAGGCUGACCCCAAAGUUAGCCAUACCUCAAAACCAUCAACUGUUGCCACAUUUACAACCCAACAGAUGCCAUCUUUGUCAAAAGCAAACUCCCAAAUCACUCACCCCAAGACUGACCUCACAGUCAGCCACACCCCAAAACCAUCAACUGCUCCCACAUUUUCCACCCGAUACAUACCAUCAAUAGAGAACCCCAAAGUCCCUAACCCCAAGAUCAGCCACACCCCAAACCCAUCAAAUGCUCCAGCAUUUUCAACUCAACAGGUGCCACCAAUGAGCUUAGCUGCCCAUUGCUUGACCACUCAAAUGCCUUCUUCCACAAAUUGUAACACAGCAGCAGAUGCACCAGCCAGGAACAAGAGGCCAAAGACAAGAAGGUCAUCGUUCUCAUCCUCCUUACCCGUUGAGCCCACGUGGAACAGGAGCCCCAUCACUUGCAGCCCAACGGCAAACACCAUUUCUCAGGUGGAGAGGAGCAUCCAGAUCGACCUGUCACCUGAGCAUUCCCGUUCCUGCACCCCCUCACACAGCACAUGCAGGAGAUUCUACACUUGCUUCUGUUGUCUCAUUCUAAUCCUUACUGUCACUGCCAUUGUGGUGAUUGCUUUAAAAGCUAUUCUUUGAGCUGGGAAAACCAUAUACUAAGUGAAAAUGAACCAGAGACAUAAAAGGUCACAUAUCAUAGGAUCCCAUUGCUAUGGAAUCCACAGAGGCCAGAAGCAGGUGGCUACCAGGGGCUGGGGGAGGAGGGAGAGCAGGAAGUAACUACUUAAUCCAUAUGGGUUGUUUGGGGGGAGUUCAUGAAAAUAUUUGGAAUGAGAUCGAGAUGGUGGUUGCACAAUACUUACAAUGUACUAAAAACCAUUGAAUUGUUCAUUUUAAGACAGUUAAUUUUCUUAUGUGACUCUCACCUGAAUAUAUAUAUUUUUUGAAUGCUACAGUUUUGUUCAACCUUGACAGAACUGAGUCUGAAGUGUUUAGGAGUCAGAACCAUUUGGAAAUCUUCUGAAACCUGGAGGCCUCCUCACCAGCAAAUUUUGCACAGACCUUCUGGUGUUGGUCUGGGACAGUUUGUAGUGGAAGCCUUAGGCUGACAACCUGGGUUCUCAAACAAUGGUCUCCACAGAAAGACACAGAGCUAAGGGAUGAGGCAGAACAAGACGCUGGGGAGGGAGAUAUAUCCUUAAAGUUCAUUUAACUUUUCUUUUAAGCUACAUUAUUUCUUGUAGUAUGUUUAUGCUGUAUGCUGAUGUGUUUAAAUGAAUACAUAGAUAUGCAUGUGAUGAAUGAAUAAUAAGUAGGCACACAUUUGGAGUGCACAUUCGGUGUCUUUUAUUAACUAUAUUACGCAAUCAGAAAUAUUGGUGAAGAGCAUGUUACCCAUUUGUCUUUUCUCUCCUCAUGAGUAGUAAUUUGUGAUCCUAGCUCACUGUUUCUGAAACUGCAAAAUAUGUGUUUAGCUCAUAUGGAACAAUAAAAGAUCAAGACUUGAUAAGCAAGUUAAGAAAAGAUGGUUACAUGGAAUGUCUUAUCUUAGCAGACAUCACUACUGCUAUAAUUAAAACACAGGAUGCCAGUGUGGGGACAGUUGACUUAGCAGAGCAAGCCAGACCCAAGAGCCAGCAUCAGCUGGUGUGGAGCGGAGGACAGGCAGCAGACUGCUGCAGGGCGCCCCUGCAAGACAAUGUCCCUGAGGGGGCUGGCUGGUUUGUGUGUGAAGGAUCCUGUUGAGACAUGAGUUUAGUCCUAGAUAGGCUCUUUCUGGUCUCUCGCGUUUCCCCUUGCCAGCAGGUUGUGUAGCCCUAGGAUGUUUUUAUGGUGGUCUCAUCUGGAACCCAGGGGUGUUUACCAUAGCCCCCAUCAUCCCCACCUUACUAUACUUUCACUCCAAUUUCUGACUUCUUAGCACCAUGUGGCUGCCAAAAUUCCUGCUCCAGCCUUUAGUCUCCUCGUGGCUGCUUUCUUUUUUUCUUAAAAAAGUACCCGGAUCUUGGAAAUUAGCCAAUUGACUGAAUGGAAAAUCAAAUCAGAAUUUGGGGCCUCUUGUCUGCAGUUCCCUUCUCUCUGGGAAUUUCACCUUCAAAUUCCAGGUUGCUAAGACAACCUCAAAUUGUGACUUGUGUCUCCUUUCUCAAAUAAAACUCCACUUUCUGCUUUGCUUUAACUCUGGGCUGUAAUUUAGGAACGGGCCUCCUGAGGUACGUGUGACUCACCUCAUGUGCCACCCCUUCUUAGAACCUGUCACUUUCGUGCUGGUUGCUCUCCGAGGCCUUUUAAUAUUUGUUUUGUUUUGUUUGUUUUUGUCUAGCCUUUUGAGGCUGUUUUUGGUAGCAGGAUUGACCCAACCUACCCAUGAUCAGAAUCAGAAAGCAUUUUGGAGUUGUUCUGCAAAAUCUGGAUAGGGCCUUCGAAUUCCUCACCAAAACAGAUUAUUGCCAUCUCCCCCAGGAGCAACAGAGAAAACUACAUUUCCCUGCUUCCUCUCCCAUAAACAUCUUCCUCUAGGGCAGUACUGCCUCAGAGACAAAGUGCCAGCCGCACACGGAAUUUAUUUUUGUGUUUUGAGAUUGGGUCUGUGUAGCCCAGGUUGGCCCUAAGUUCUUGAUCCUCCUGCCUUAGCCUCUCAAGUGCUGGGAUUAUAGGCGUGUACCACUAUGCCUGUCUGAAAGUAAUUUUUAUAACCCAUUUUAAAACCUCAAGGUAUGGAAAAUAUUAUUUUAACAUGUAAUAAAGAUCAAAAUUAUUUUUGGUGGUACUAGGGCUUGAA